AUGUCAACCAAUAACAAGGGCAGAUACAUCGUGACGUUGCCCAUCAAAAACGAUGUUUUGCAACAACUGGGAGACUCGCGCGAAAUAGCAAUAAAGCGAUUCCUCGGCCUUGAGAAGCGACUUCAUCGCGACUCAAGUAUGAGGACUUCAUACGUUCAAUUUUUGCGCGAGUAUUUGGCCUUGGGACACAUGCGACUCGUACCCGCACAUACGGUCGAUAAGGAAUCCGUUUAUCUGUCUCAUCAUGGGGUGUUUAAGGGGAUCGGCCGGAAUGCGAAGUUACGUGUGGUUUUUGACGCAUCGUGCAAAACCACGUCGGGAAUUUCUUUGAAUGACGCCUUGAUGAUAGGUCCUACGGUUCAGCAGGAUUUGAUAUCAAUUCUCACUCGCUUCCGCACGUUCGCGUACGUCUUUACUGCAGACAUAGUUAAAAUGUAUCGACAGGUACUAAUUCAUGAGUCACAACUACAUCUGCAACGAAUAUUGUGGCGCUAA